AUGAACAGGACCACCAACCGCGCCUUCUGUUAUCUUUGCCUGCCGUUGGGUCCCUCUGGCCCGGGGAUUCAGUUGCGAGAAUGGGUGAGAGCGGGACGUGAUGACGUUUGUUCAGGUUUCUCUCCAGGGAUCCACCCGCCGCAGAAAGACGCUCAAUAG